AUGAUGACGUUUCCUGGUCACAAUGCUCACCUGUUCAGGUGGCGGGGACACGACAAGAGUAAAGCAUCUGCGGACAAGACGCAUGUGAAGAAUGGUGAUAUCGAUCAGUGGAGGAAGCGCGUGGAGGUGGCCUCCGAGUUUGCUGUAUCUGAAGUUUUCUCCCACAAGAAACCUCGUUCAGGAAACAACAGCCUAGCUGUACCAUUGCAGAGCUCUGACCAGUUAAGGGAUCAUGAUGAAGCUUACAGUGAAGCUCAGGCUCUUCUUGGUGAUUGGCUGAGCAGUAAGUUGCGUCUGGAGCUGGAGGUGGAGGAGGAAGAUGACCUGAUGUGCUGCGAUGAGAGGAGAAGCCCCGCUGCACUGGCUAGUGCUCAGCCUGCUGCCCUUAACUACAGCAACUUUGACGAUCUGUACAACUGCCUGGCCGAGGAGGAAGAGCAAAGUGCUGUUCACAGCUUCCUACAAGACCUGAUGGAGCAAGAGGUGUUGGACUCUGGGGUGAUGGAGGAACUGGCGCUCGAUGUUGGACAAAAGAGGAAGAAGUUCAGAGAUCCAAUUGUCACCAUGGAAGCACGACAACUGCAGGUGCGAGAGAACAGAGCCCGGCGGGAGCUUGAGAGGAGGAGGCAACAUGGAGAGAGGGAGGCUCGGCGGGAUGCCAGAGAGGAGGCAAUGAGGAGGGAGCGAGAGGAGGAGACAAGAAAGAGGCAGCAAGCACGUAGACAGGAGGAGAUGGUGCAGCAGGAGAUGGUGAGACUGCGACGCCAGAUGGAUGAGAGGAGAGGCCUGGAACAGCUGGUUCGACGGAGGGAAAGAGAGAGAGUAAAUGGACAAAGGUCAGCCAGAAGCCUCCAGUCAGCUCCUCCGCCUCUCACAAACCAGCAGCCGCAGGAUAGACAGCGACUUUAUAAAGAACAGAAACUUCAAACCAUGGUUCACAUGGUAGAGCUCAAGUGUCUGCAGAGGCAUUUCUCUGGGUGGUAUUCAGUUGUGUUGGACCGAAGGCUACGUUUAGGUAAGGCCAUGGCCCUCUGUGACUGGAAGCGGCAGCUGAGAGCGUGGCGUGCGUGGAGGGCAGUGGUGUGGGCAGAACAGCAGCAGAGAGAGGUGGUGAGAACCGAAGAGGAUCUACGAGCUGAAAACAGACAAAGCCAGCUGGCUGUUGAGAGUGACCGAAGGCGUUUACUACGGCGAUGUCUGAACGAGUGGCAGCUAUGGAGUCGUAUAGAGAAGGAACAACGAGAGCUUUUGGCCAAGCAGCAGGAGACCCGUCGCAAGAUGGCUGCCUUAAUCAACGCUGCAUCUACAGGCAAACUGAAGUCCGCAGACAACCCAACUUUUCAGGCAAUUAUGGCCCCGCCUGAGGCAUCUAACCCACCAGAGACCCCAGUGAAGGAGAAUCCCCACAGGUUAAGCACUUUAUCCCCCAACUCCUCUGCGGUACCUCAGAAUAAGACCCCUGUGGGUGCUGUGGCCCCGCCCACUCAGCCAUGGCAGGUGACCAGACGCCAUGCAGCACCGACUGCCGCUGAGCUCCACGGGGCACAGCAGAGAGGUGAGGGCGGCGGCUUUACCUGUUCAAAGAGCGCAGUGUCGCCGGGCAGCAGGUUUGAGAACAGACACGCCGUCCAGCAGCAGAUCAUCACACAGCAGAGGAAGCUGUUGAAGGAGCAGCAAGAGAAGAUUGCACAGCUGAAGACGGAGCAGAGCGUGAUGGGGUUGGAGCUGGAAAUUGAGAAAACCACACAGCUCACCCAGCUCACCCAGCUAUCAGUGAUAAGAGGAUCAAAACCGAAGAGCCCCAACUUUGACCCCACAGGGCAGAGGGCAUCAGGAGUUACUGGAGAACCUGACAGUCUCUGUGCACCGCCAGGGAAAGCUGUCACACGGCAGACAUGCCCCCAUCCAGUCAUCACGGCCAUGGAGGUCCGUGCACGUCAACGCGCAGAACGAAGAAAGGAAAUCGAGGAACUCAAGAGAAAGAAGGAAGAGGAAAAACUGGCUGAGAUGAAAGCUGCUGAGGAGCAGAGGCAGAGGGAGGAGGAGGAGGAGAAACACAAAGCAGCGGAAAAGAAGAGGGAGGAAAAAAGGCAGGAAAGAGAGAGGGAAGAGGAGAAACAGAGGCAACUGAAGAGGCAACAGGAGCACCUGAAGCUGGCCCGUCAACACUACCACAGAACCUUGCUCCUACGGCGAGGCCUGGCGCCAUGGAAACGCCUCAUUCAGAUCAGACAAGCCAACAUACAGCUGGCCGAGAGUCAUCACAAUCUCUUCCUCCUGAGGCGGUGCACACUACGCUGGCAGCAAUCAGCAAGAGAGUCCCUGUCUGAGAAAGAAGCUUCUGUUGACCAACUGCACCAGCACUUUUUGCUUCGGAGGAGCUUAAGCUGCUGGAAAAGACUUAAUGACGGGCGGAUGAUUAAAGAGGAGAGAGCCGAGCGUUUCUAUCGCACUCGCACUCUGAGGAGGUUUCUGCUGGCACUGCUGGACCAUGUGACCCAGGAGAGGCUGGUGGAGUGGGACCGUCAGGAGCUGGCUCAGGAGCACAAUAACAGACGGGUGCUGCGGCGAUGUUUGCUGGCCUGGAGGCAGCUUCCCUGUCUGCUGCGGAAGGAAAAAGUGAGGGAGGAGCGGCGGGAGAAGCUGGGACGGAGAGUGACUGAGGUUCUGCCGGAUUUCUGCUCCUAUCCAAUGUAAAGCCUCUGGGAGAAACCAACACUGGGGAGACAAGC